UUAAUAACAAAACAUUCGUAACCAACGAUAAUUUUCUUAUCACCUAUCAUCGUCUUAUAUAAAGCUUUGACAAGAACACCACUUUGUAGUUGUCACCAAGAUAGCAAGUCAGACUCUCUGCAAAAAUGAAAUACUUCGUAAUCCUCUUAGUUUUGGUCGUUGCUAUUUCGGCCACCCCUUAUGGCGAAAAUGAGCGUCGUGGAGGAAGUCUAGGCCGUCAAGGACAGGGUAGUUUCGGUAGUCAAGGACAGGGUGGUUUCGGUAGUCAAGGACAAGGCGGUUUAGGUCAAGGAGGACGUCAAGGAGGAACAUUCCGCGAAGGAGGACUUGCCAACAGUCAAGGUGGUGGUCGCCAUGGCAACAUUGGGGGAUAUCCAGGCACUUACCAUGGAGGCAGAACCGGUGGCGCCCAUCAAGGAGGUUAUCAAAGCCACGGUUACUAGAUGUAUUAAAGUAAAAUAAACGCUACAAAAAUAA